GCCAUCGCAGAUAGCUGACGACACCACUCCUGAAAAAGACGGUGCCAGCAUGGCGUUUACUUUAUAUUCUCUUAUCCAGGCUGCAAUUUUAUGUGUAAAUGCAGUUGCAGUUUUGCACGAAGAGAGGUUCCUGAGUAAAGUUGGCUGGGGUGCGGACCAGGGCAUCGGAGGGUUUGGUGAUGAACCAGGAAUUAAAUCUCAACUUUUGAAUCUUAUUCGCUCUGUAAGGACAGUUAUGAGAGUGCCCUUAAUAAUAGUUAAUACAGUGUGUAUUGUCUUGCUGCUACUGUUUGGAUAAAGAGAAGGCAGCGGUAGAUGGAUUGGAUACAGGAAUAAAAGCAGAAGAAGCGCUGGAGUGACAACAUCCUUGUUCUGCAAUGUGUCUGUGGAAAUGUGCUGAGCAUUAUGUUUUCAUAUCAUUAGAAGUAUUGUUAGACAUAUUUGAUAUUUCCCCAUUCAUAUGUACAUAUUGUAUGCAGAAUUUGAAAUAAAUGAAGACAAAACCAAAUCUACAGUCACCCUUGAGGCUGUGGGGCCCUAGACGAGAUCUUGAGCAUGGACCCCAAAAUGAAAAAGGACACACGGGGGCCCCUUCAGCAUGCCAGGGCCUAGGCAGUCGCCUGUAUGGCCAAAUGGAUGGGCUGGCUCAGUAGUGCUGAGCGUGUGACCAACAGUUUUUUUUUUGUGUUUAAAUGAUCGAUCAAUGUCUUUGAUUAUUUGAAUUGUCUUAAUUCAGAAGAUAAACAUUUGUUUUCCUCCGAA